UAAUUGUUUUGUUUAAAUUAAUUGGAUUCUGAUUUUUUUAUGGAGGAAAUUUUUAUCAAAAUAAAUUAUAUUUUGUUUUAUAUUUCUGUUUCAGAUUUUCGUCACAUUUAAAUAUCAUUUUCUUUCGCUCAUGCACCUCUUAUAGUAUAACAAUCGAUAUUGUUAAAAAUACACAUUUGAUUCAUUUUUUGUCAAUUUUAUUAUAUAGAUGAGUUGGAUGAAUCAUUGUCAACGAGUUAUAAUUAACGUUAAAUGAUUAAGAUCUGUUUGGAAAUAAUAUUAUUAAAUUGUAAAUUAUUAUAUUCUGCACAUUUGGUAUAAAUUAGGUUGUGGAUUAUCUUAUCACGCAUAGUGGACCGUUAUCUUCUUCUUUCAAUCUUGGUAACUUUUUAGUGUGAGUCAUUUGAAAAUAUAUGUAUUUACAGUAAAAAAAAAAAAAAUGAACUUACAGUUGUCUGUGACAGAAAGUUGAAAAUGUCAUAAUACUCCAGAAUGAAAAUAAUUUGCUUUUUAUUUUUAACAUUCUAUGGCAUUUGUAUUGUGAUAUCAAAUAAGCAAAUUCCUGAUCACUUAAUAAAAUGUUACAAAAACGAAAAUAUAUGGGACUCACAAUUACCUUUAAAUUUAAGGGUAAUUAUUGAUAUUAUCAGAAAAGUUGAAAGACAAUCUUUUUCAACUUCACACAUUAAAACAUUGACAACUUUAUUAUUACGACGAUUCAAAUUAGAUGGAAUUCAUCAUAAUGAUAAAAUUUCUCCAUCCAAUGGUAUUUUACCAUUUAUUGCAAGUCAAUCGCAAAGAAUAAAACAAAAAAUAAUCGAGGAAUUAAUUCCUGACGAAUCAAAGGCAUUAUUGACAAUUGAAAAUCUCACAUUAUUAGAAUAUUGCACUUUACAUCAGGCAAUUUCCAAUACUAUUUGGUAUAAUCAACGUAAAAAUGAAAAUAAUUUUUGUAUCUCUGGACCCUUUGAGAAAAUUGUCAACGAUAUUAAUAAAAAAAUUCAUGAUUGUUAUUUAUUGUCAAUAUAUUCACGAAAUAUGAUGGAAAAUUGCAUUGCCAGACAUAUAAUUACUGAGGUAAAAUUUUGUCCAAAAGAAAAUGGUGUUAUUUUGACACAAUUUGGCACAAUUUCAUUGGGCAGUGUGAUUAAUGCAAUUGCAGCAUCACUUGCACCGCAAAAAAUUGAGCUCGACGAAUUACUUUCGUUAAACAAUCAAAAGUAUUCAAAGAAUGAAUCCAGUAACUUUAAAUUCAAUGAAGAAGAAGUUGAUUUAAUUGUACCGAAAGAUCAAAUAAUGUUACAACGAUCAAUGUGGAUGCAAUCACUUUCUCUAUCGCCAUUGAAAGUGGAUAAUAUUUGGGCUGCUUCACUUGCAGGCGAAUUAGCCGAGGUUGUGGUUUAUCAAGGACCAAUUUUUGCAUCAUCAAUGUCAAUUGGCGCAACGGGAUUUUGGAAUAGUUCAAUAAGUCCUUCUAUAUUUUAUUUGUCUAAUAAACGUGGAAUUUUCGAUGCAACGAGAGCGGAAAUAAUUGGAAGUAUCGAUGGUUUGAUAAUUGCUAAAAAUUUGCCAAUGUGGAUGGAAAAUUUCAAUAGUCUUCGAUUGAGUCAAAUUUUAGACAUGUAUUAUUCUAAUCGAGGAAUUUCAUUCAAUAGAAAUAUAAAAGCCUGCGAGAGAGGACGAAAUUUUAUUCACAUUGCACCUGGAACUAUUAUAGAAGAAGAGACUUUUGCAUUUUCUAAACUAUUGGCUUUUCGCAAUGGUGAUGCUUAUAUGAGUGAUGUGAUUUUACAAAGAUUUGUGAAUUAUGCGACAAGUACAUUUUCGUAUUAUGUGAAUAAUCACAUUUUCACUGAAUCGAGAUGUCGCGAGGUAAUUCGUCAACCACGAGUUGAACUUUUUGUCACGUUUGAUGGCUCUUGGUCACCAGAAUACACCAUUGAUUUCUUAUCGGUUUUGGUGGAAGAUGUCGACAUUUCAUUAUUUGGGUCAAAAAUGGGAUUGAUUGAUGCAACAAGUGGCAAUUGGUUGUUUAAUGUUACCAAUAGUCCGGCUACAGUUUAUGAAAAUUUACGUAAUUUAACAAAAAUGAAAUGGCCUGAAAGAUUAAAUUACACAGCAAUACUUAAAACUGUUUUUGAAAAUUUGGAAAUUACUUGGGAAAAGAAUAAAGAAUUGUUCAAAAUUGGAAAUGUAGGACAGGCUCUUCUUGUGCUUGCUCCACGAAUACAAUUAAAUGAAAAUGAUGAACAAACAGCUUUGAAUCUCAUUAUGAAAAUUAAACAAAAACAUCCAGAAAUGCAUUUCCUUUAUUUUGUACUUGACGGAAAUAUCGAUAUUUUUCGAAAAUUUAUUAUUUCUGAUGAAGAUCAUUUAAUUUCAAGUUCCACUAUUGAUGACAUUACAAAACAUCUUUCGGAAAUUCCAGUCACUUUAAGACCUGUUUUUGGUAACAAUAAUACUCUAGGAUUUGGAAAAAUGCAAAUUGAAGAUUAUAUUAGUCCAGAAGAAUUGAUUACUUAUAAAUUACAUUCACACUGGAAAUCGAACGUGAAGAAAACAACAUUGAUAUUUCACGGAGUUGGUUAUGGAACAAUAAAAAUUUGCUUCAGAACAAAAUGGAAAGUUGAUGAUUUGCAAAAAGAAUCAAAUUGUCAAUUAUUGUCGAGCUUUGAAGAUAUUAAAUUUGAAGAUUUUUCCCCAUGUUCCUGGAACAAUUGUUCUCAUCUCUACUAUGAGGUUCAAUAUCAGAAAUCUUUAAUGAAAUGUGCAGAAAUUGAUUGCAAAACUCCAAAUCAAGUAAGAUUCAUAUUACAAAUAGAAAAUGCAUUAUCUUCAAAGUGUCAGAAAAUUGUCUUCAAUUUCAAUUUCGUAAUUAUUACUAUAUUAGUUAUAUUUCAUUUUCAUUUUUUUUUAACAAGAUUUUUUCUUUUACUAUGAUGAGAAUGUAAAAAGAGAAAACACAUUUUAGAUAGAAAAAAAUAUACUGACAAUUUAUUAUA